AUGAAGCCGGAGUCAACUAGGGAGGACAUUUUCUACUUCAGGGAGGUUGAAAAAGCACCUGUUUCGGCUCUCCGGGUAAAAAAGGAGACCAGAACUGACCCUCUGUUGUCUGCUGUCAUGAACAUGAUUGCCGGGGGUCAACCUGCUCGGGGUGAUGCAAACUUGAAAUCCUUCCUUGGACGGCGGUCGGAGCUGUCUGUUCAGUCGGGCUGUUUGCUGUGGGGGAGGAGAGUGAUUAUUCCCUUGUCACUCCGAACCCAAGUAUUGCGACAACUUCAUGCAGGACACAGUGGGAUAGUGAGAAUGAAGGAGAUAGCGAGGAGAAGCUACUUUUGGUGGCCAAACAUGGCCAAACAGAUUAAAGACUUGGCAAAAAACUGUUCAUCUUGUCACAAGGUUAGGAACAACCCACCACUAGCUCCUCUUCAUGCCUGGGAGUUCUCACAGGAGCCAUGGCAUCGUGAGCACAUUGACUUUGCAGGUCCAUUUGAGGGCAAAAUGUUUCUUGUCGCUGUUGACGCACACAGUAAAUGGCCUGAAGUGGCUAUCGUGAAGUCAACUACCACAGAAAAGACAAUAGAGAAGCUAGGAGAAAUGUUUAGUCGUUUUGGAUCUGCUUCACAGUUCGUCUCUGACAAUGGACCUCAACUUGGCUCAGAGGAAAUGCAUGCCUUCCUGCAAGCGAAUGGAGUGCAACACAUUAAGUCAGCUCCAUACCACCUUCGACAGAACGGCCUUGCAGAAAGGUUUGUCCAGAUGAUGAAACAUGCACUGAAAGCAUCUCAAGGCCAAGGAACACUGCAACAAAGACUGUACAAUUUCUGCUAA